UGUACUACACCGUGGACAAACUGCCGCCAACAGUAGAGACGCGUCUCCUCGCUCCGUCUGCCGCUGUUCAGCCUCUGUCUGCCGGUUAAUGGAUUAUACAGUCUCCCUCCAAGUGCAACAUCAGCUGGCGGUGUUCCCGACGCACUUCUACCAGGGCUACAGUGUGGAGUUACAGAUGAAGUCAACAGAGGUGGACCAAGGGCUUUUCACAGACAGCUACUGCAAAGUGUGCAGUGCUCAGCUCAUCUCCGAAUCCCAGAGGGUUGCCCAUUAUGAGAGUCGGAAACACGCCAAUAAAGUGCGGCUGUAUUACAUGCUACAUCCUGUGGAUGGAGGCUGCCCUGCCAAGAAGCUCAGAACAGACAACGGCAGCGACAAGGGCGACGUGGACAAGAAUAAGUGCUGCACGCUGUGUAACAUGUCCUUCACCUCAGCAGUGGUGGCACAGUCACAUUACCAGGGUAAAAUCCACGCCAAGAGGCUAAAACUGCUACUGGGGGAGCAGCCUGCCAUCACAACCAAAGAGGCGUCCCCCAGUCCUGUAAAGAGCUCCCCAGAAACGUCUCCCAUGACCUCCCCGCGACAGCGCCGCGACUCGGACCGCUACUGCCAGCUAUGCAACGCCUGGUUCAACAACCCCGGCAUGGCUCAGCAACAUUACGAUGGCAAAAAGCACAAGAAGAACGCUGCCAGAGCAGACCUGCUGGAACAGCUGGGCAAGACCCUGGACAUGGGAGAGAUGAAAGGGCUGAAACGGAGCUAUACCUGUGAAGUCUGCAGCGUCACACUGAACUCGGUGGCACAGUACCACGCACAUCUGCAGGGCUCAAAGCACCAAAACAAUCUGAAGAAUCAGAUCUGUGUCCAGUGAGUGCGGGCCGAAGAUAAAAACCAACUAUUGGAUUGAUGUCAGACAAGCUGUGGUCAGCUUGCCCUGCUUUUUCUGCCUCUGCCCCGCUUCUGCUCUCCUCCACAUCAUUUUGAUUUCUCUCUCUCUCUCUCUCUCUCUCUCUCUCACACUCUCUCUCUCUCUCUCUCUCUCUCUCUCUCUCUCUCAUCUGUCUUUCACUCUGUCUCUUUCAGCCGCCCUGACGAGGAGGAAAAUAAAGAGAUUUUUUUUUUCAAACACUCCAGCAGCUCUCUCACCUGUCGGCAUACAGAACAGUUUAAACUGUUGCUCUGCUCUUAAAACAUUGACCUUUGACAUUCCACUGCAGCUGUGUUUUUUUUAUCCACUGACAGUCUGGAUCUGAUACACAGCAGCCUUUCUAAAACUGCAUGGACUAAAUUAGGCUUUAUUUUCCAGAGGAUGCUAAGAACUGUAAGUGGAAUUAUGACUUGAGAAUUUAAGGGGUUGAUUUGAAAUGUUUUUGUUUGCUUUUACUUGAAUGAAACAGAGUGUAUUUAUGUUGAAAUUAAAAGGUAAAGAUAUACAUUAUUUAGCACUGUGGGCUUCAACUAUGAGUCAGUCAUUCAGCCCUCAGAUUCUGUACGGUACACACAGUGCAACUCAACUAGAACUCUUUUAUUGCACACAUGCUUGCAGCGGAGCUAAAUUCCCUUGUGUCUUAAAGGGGUUGAUGGCAAUAAUGACACCGGCCGGACUUUUACUACAUGUUGUAAUGGUAUUAUCUUCUACGGGCUUGACUCUGAUAGAAUUAAUACGAUGUGUCUGCAUCUACACAGGAACAGAAGAUCAUUUUUUAAAGCUUUUAUUAUUAUAUUAUUAUAUUUAUUAUUAUUAACAUUCUUAUAUCAGCAAUAAUAGCAUUGCAAUCACCAAGUUAUUGCUGAGGAUUAGGGUCAGGCGUAAGGGGGAAAAAUGAGAGGAGGAAGAUUUGUUUUAAUUAGUUUGCAUAUUUAUUCUCAUCAUUUCGUCUUUAUUCUAGAAAUGGUAUUUUGACUUUAUUCUCAAUGUUUAGACUUUAGUCUCAAAGUGCAAAAAAGGAAAACUUCACUAAUAACGAAAGUUUGACUUUAUACUCAAAAUUAAAAAUAAUAAUAAAAAAAAUCCUCCUCCUCUUUUUUCCCCCGUUAUGUCUGUCACUAAUUAUUUUCCAUAAAUGUUGAGAUCUGGCGAGGCAAGAAACACGAGCAGUGCUCACCUUUUGAUUUGACCCCCCAAGUAAAGCGGUUUAGAUAAUUAGGCUAAAUUCAGCGAUGCAAACUACUUGCUUUUCGGCAAAUGAUGCUUUUUUUCACGUCAGUUUGAGUGACUUUUGUGCAAUAAAUGUCAUGACUGAGGUCUGCCAGGUAAGCAGGUAGCCUGUCCAAUCAUCAAUGUAAUGAUUGGACGGUUUAUUACAGUCCUGCGACAGCCACAGAUACCAGAUUUUUUUCUUUCUUUUUUUUUGUCAGAGCAUUUGAUUUAUUGAUUGCUGUCAGAAUAUGAAGAUAAUUUCAACUAAUAUAACAAAAGAUGUUUGUAUAAUCUUUACCAACCCUACCUUUAAUUACAAAAGUUCUGAUCAGUCACGUUUACAAUCAGGCAGGCAAACUCAUUAAAAUAUGCAGUCAUUAAGAUCAGUGUAUGUGAUGGAAUAGCAGCAUUAGAAUGUCCCAGAGGAACCAGAUUUGGGCUUUUAUGGACCCUCCUAGCUGUCUACUUUUUCCCACUGGCUGGCUACUCCAGAUACUUGUGGAAUUUCCUAUUUAUAUAAGCAUAUAAUGCAGGCCUUCGUCGUACGGUUACAUGAUAUUAUGAUGUCACAUUCGGGUAUAGCUCUCUCUUUUUUCACCAUACAUGUGUUUGCAUCCCAAAACCGCCGGCUUGUUUACAACCUCACUGAUCGACUGACCGCUCGUGUUUCUUGCCCGACGGCACCGUGCUCCCAGAUCUGAGAGUGAGGAAAUUUUGACCAACAUAAAUGAUGUCCAAUGCUUAAACCAAACAAAAAUUUGACUCCUCCAGAUUUAAACAGAUAUGAGAAGACAUGAUCUCUUGUACAAAUUCAGAUUUGUUUCUUCUUUUGCUGUGUAAUGCAGCUUAUACAGUCUACUGUCUGCAGCCAGUGGCUUAGACGUAUAUAGAGGCUUAGAAAUAUUCCGUCUGGUUAAGAUGCUUUCAUUUCAGUAUGGUCUUCAUCUCAGGGAGGUGUAACUGGUUGCUUUAGUGAAAUUUAACACUGCUGUUGAGUCAAAUGUACUGAGUCCAUUCCACUGCAGAGUCCUGUAGAACGUGUUGGUAGAUGAGAUAACAUGGACCGAACCAUAACGGUGUAUGGUAUCACAGAAAGAAUAACAGAAUCUUAUUCAAAGCUUAUGUAGCAUUCUUCUUUCUUACAUGUCAUUGUUAAGAAAUUAAAGAUGUUGACUUUAAAGCCAGUGUUGUAUAAAUGAGAACUAUGAGGUAAAUUAUAAAUGAAUAAUAUAUUACUGUCGUGGAUCAGAUUAUCACUUUGUAAUUGCUAUCUGUUUACAGUCUAAGUGAUUUAUUCUACUGUUCUUUUCAGUGUCAACUGCAGAACUGUGUUUGAUCAAAAUGUAGCUUUGACUCAUGUUGUUAAAGCGCUUUAUUUUGCAGAGCGAACCUCGACGUUAAUUGACAGCUGAAAUCACUUGAACUCCGAGCUGGAUAUUUGUACUGUAGAGAAAGAGAAAGAAAUCAUCGCAACACAUCAUGGACUGAAAAACUGUUGCUGGCUGAUGUCAGAGAGCCGCCAGCCGAUGGGAGUGACGCCACCGCCGACAACAUUAACAAAAAAUUUAUAGAAAUGUGUUUUUUUAAUAUUGCAAAUAAGAAGUGCACGUAUGACCUGUUCUUGCAAGUCAAAAAAAAAAAAAAAAAGAAACUCCACUGAAAUGCUUUGCUCAUUCUGAGCUGAUAACAUUUGCAUCAGUCGUUUCUCCUCCAUCACAGGAAGUCCACCUCUCAUACUCCCUCUAGUCCCCCUUGUGCUCUGGGUUAUGUGCUCUACUGUGUCUGAGAAAAGAAUAAAAGACACUUGCAAAUACACAAA